GGUGCGGAUUGCUGCGCUGGGGGGGCGGAGUAGCAGCUCCUGGCCCCGCCCAUUCCCUACCUGUCCGACAGGUGCAGCUCACACGAGUGGAUCGCACGGAGUUGCAGCGACAUGUCAGAGGAGCAGGGGCCACUGUGGGCGAUUUCGGGGCCCCAGAUCUGGGCAGGCAGCGGUCGGGUUGGGCAUGAGGAACCCUGGGUAGGAGAGUGGCCCCCGGGAGGGCAGGAGAUCAGCCUGGGGGCCCCAGGAGAGGAGCCCGGUGACCUUGGAAUGAUCCCCGCAGCCGGGACAUCGGAUCCCCAACCGGGGGGCACCUGCCGGGAGCACGGGGGGCCGCUCCUCUGGUUCUGUUACCCGGAGAGCAGGCUGAUCUGCCAACAGUGCCGGAACCGCUGCCAGAACCACCGAACCGUCCCCUUGGAAGAGAGAGCCGCCCAGAUCCGGAACAAGAUCGUGGAUCGCUGUGAGAAGCUGCAGCUGCAGACGGCCGGGAUCCAGAAGUACCUGGGGGACACACUGCCCGCAAAGACCCCACGUGUGGCGGCCACGGCCAGGGCGGCCCGGGAGCUGGUGAUCCAGAGGUUGAACCUUAUCAGGACGGUGUGUGACAACGAGGAGCAGCGGCUGCUGGAGGAGGUCCACGCGGAGGAGGAGCGGGCCCAGCAGGGGAUCCUCACCCAACGGGCGCACUGGAGCGACUCCGCCCUCAAACUCUCCGGCAUUCGGACCGACCUGGUGGACAUGCUGACCAAGCUGGACGACCUCAACCUCAUCAGUUCGGCUGAAGCCAUAGAAGAGAGGACGGAGGAAGCAGAAGGAAUCCUGGAGCCGCAGGAAUCGGACAAGUUAAACUUUAACCCAAACUGCGUCCAGAGUCCAAUGCUGAAGCGGCUGUGGGUUUCCUCCGUGUUCUGCUGCCCCGCGGUGUGUGAAGACAUCACGUUUGACACCAAGACCAUGGGGCCCCUGUUGGCCCUCACAGAGGACAAGGCUCUGACGUUCCUGCAGAAGAAGGCCAAGAACUAUUCCGACGAGCCGGAACGCUUUAACCACUGGCCCAACUGCUUCGCCACCGGGUCGUUCCAAGGCGGCGUCCACUCCUGGAAGGUCAACGUGGAAAAGAGCGGCGCUUACAAACUGGGCGUGGCCUACGGAUCCAUGGCGCGCAAGGGCUCGGGAAACGACUCCCGACUGGGGUACAAUCCCGACUCUUGGGUCUUCUCCCGGUACGACAAGGACUUUCGCUUCUCCCACAAUUCCGAGCACCAGGCGGUGGAACUGCUCCGGAGCCCCAAGCAUAUUGGCGUUGUGCUGGAUUACGAUGUGGGGGAACUCAUCUUCUACGACCCCGGCGCUUGUGUUGUCCUCCACACCCACCGAGCGAGGUUCCACCAACCAGUUUUCCCCGUCUUCGCUGUAGCGGACGAGAGCAUCGCCUUUGUACAGUGAGGCUAAAGGGGAACUUUUACUAUUUAUAUGGAGAAUUCUAGACUUCUUCUAGAGCAGGAAGUAACAUCACUAGGAUCUAUAGAACAUCCAAACCCCAGGUCCAUAGACUUCUUCUAGACCAGGAAGUGACAUCACUAGGAUCUAUAGAACAUCCAAACCCCAGGUCCAUAGACUUCUUCUAGACCAGGAAGAAACAUCACUGGGAUCUAUAGAACAUCGAUACCCCAGGUCCAUAGACUUCUUCUAGACCAGGAAGUUACAUCACUGGGAUCUAUAGAACAUCGAUACCCCAGGUCCAUAGACUUCUUCUAGACCAGGAAGUUACAUCACUAGGAUCUAUAGAACAUCGAUACCCCAGGUCCAUAGACUUCUUCUAGACCAAGAAAUAACAUCACUGGGAUCUAUAGAACAUCGAUACCCCAGGUUCAUAGACUUCUUCUAGUCCAGGAAGUGACAUCACUAGGAUCUAUAGAACAUCGAUACCCCAGGUUCAUAGAUUUCUUCUAGACCAGGAAGUGACAUCACUAGGAUCUAUAGAACAUUGAUACCCCAAGGUCCAUAGACUGCUUCUAGACCAGGAAGUAACAUCACUAGGAUCUAUAGAUCAUCGAUACCCCAGGUCCAUAGACUUCUUCUAGACCAGGAAGUAACAUCACUGGGAUCUAUAGAACAUCGAUACCCCAGGUCCAUAGACUUCUUCUAGACCAGGAAGUGACAUCACUGAGAUCUAUAGAACAUCGAUACCCCAGGUCCAUAGACUUCUUCUAGACCAGGAAGUGACAUCACUAGGAUCUAUAGAACAUCGAUACCCCAGGUCCAUAGACUUCUUCUAGUCCAGGAAGUGACAUCACUGGGAUCUAUAGAACAUCGAUACCCCAGGUCCAUAGACUUCUUCUAGACCAAGAAAUAACAUCACUGGGAUCUAUAGAACAUCGAUACCCCAGGUUCAUAGACUUCUUCUAGUCCAGGAAGUGACAUCACUAGGAUCUAUAGAACAUCGAUACCCCAGGUUCAUAGAUUUCUUCUAGACCAGGAAGUGACAUCACUAGGAUCUAUAGAACAUUGAUACCCCAAGGUCCAUAGACUGCUUCUAGACCAGGAAGUAACAUCACUAGGAUCUAUAGAUCAUCGAUACCCCAGGUCCAUAGACUUCUUCUAGACCAGGAAGUAACAUCACUGGGAUCUAUAGAACAUCGAUACCCCAGGUCCAUAGACUUCUUCUAGACCAGGAAGUGACAUCACUGAGAUCUAUAGAACAUCGAUACCCCAGGUCCAUAGACUUCUUCUAGACCAGGAAGUGACAUCACUAGGAUCUAUAGAACAUCGAUACCCCAGGUCCAUAGACUUCUUCUAGUCCAGGAAGUGACAUCACUGGGAUCUAUAGAACAUCGAUACCCCAGGUCCAUAGACUUCUUCUAGACCAGGAAGUUACAUCACUAGGAUCUAUAGAACAUCGAUACCCCAGGUCCAUAGACUUCUUCUAGACCAGGAAGUUACAUCACUGGGAUCUAUAGAACAUCGAUACCCCAGGUCCAUAGACUUCUUCUAGACCAGGAAGUUACAUCACUGGGAUCUAUAGAACAUCGAUACCCCAGGUCCAUAGACUUCUUCUAGACCAGGAAGUAACAUCACUGGGAUCUAUAGAACAUCGAUACCCCAGGUCCAUAGACUCUUCUAGACCAGGAAGUUACAUCACUGGGAUCUAUAGAACAUCGAUACCCCAGGUCCAUAGACUUCUUCUAGACCAGGAAGUUACAUCACUGGGAUCUAUAGAACAUCGAUACCCCAGGUCCAUAGACUUCUUCUAGACCAGGAAGUUACAUCACUGGGAUCUACAGAACAUCGAUACCCCAGGUCCAUAGACUUCUUCUAGACCAGGAAGUUACAUCACUGGGAUCUAUAGAACAUCGAUACCCAGGUCCAUAGACUUCUUCUAGACCAGGAAGUUACAUCACUUGGAUCUAUAGAACAUCGAUACCCCAGGUCCAUAGACUUCUUCUAGACCAGGAAGUUACAUCACUGGGAUCUAUAGAACAUCGAUACCCCAGGUCCAUAGACUUCUUCUAGACCAGGAAGUUACAUCACUGGGAUCUAUAGAACAUCGAUACCCCAGGUCCAUAGACUUCUUCUAGACCAGGAAGUUACAUCACUGGGAUCUAUAGAACAUCGAUACCCCAGGUCCAUAGACUUCUUCUAGACCAGGAAGUUACAUCACUACUUGAUGGACCUGAUUUUCGGGAUAAAAAUAUAAUGUCUUUUUCUCCCACGGAGACAGUUUCUGUUACCCACGUUGUACUGUAAGUGACUGAUACCUAUAAAUUAUUCACUGUCUGA